AUGGCUAAAACUUUUUUUUGGUUUGCCUUAUUUACCAUCACGAUUCCUGGUGCGUUUAUUGAGAUAAUAGCCACUUGUCCAGAUGAAAAACAAUUUUAUAAUUUUGCUGAUUACAUAUUGGAUAAUUAUAUUGAGACCAAUCAUUUUUCACCAAUAUUGUGGGCAGAAGAGCCCAAUAAAAGUACAAGAACGACAAACGGCGCAGAAAGUUAUCACAGUAAACUUAGGGAUGAAUUUUACGUUCCUCAUCCUACUGUAUUUUAUUCAGUAAGAAUAUGAAUUUAAAAUAAUAAAUAUAUUUUGGGUUAUUAUUAAUUUGUUUGUGUUUAUUUUAUUUUUUUCAGAUAGAUGUGUAA